AGCCGCUUUGGUUGUCUUAUUAUUCAAUGCCGGUGUCAUCAUCCGUAGUGUAAGAUUAAAAAAGUAGACAACUAAGUGUGUGUUAGAUCGAUAACGUGUUUCUUAAGGAUUUAUAAUUUAUAUACAUUAUUACGAGAGUUAUGAGAUUCUUCGUACUUUCUACCUUCAUAUUAGUCGGUUAUUUAUCCACGUGCUUGCAGUUAGUGCAAGCGCAUCGUAACGAUAAUGCUGAACUGGUGAUCAAGGAAAUCGAGGAAAGUCAGAAGAAUUGUACGCCUCGAUCGAUCAAUGACUUCCCAGAGGACAUCUUUACGCCAAAACAACGUGAAAAGGGGGCGGCUCUGUUACACGCAUUCUUUGGCUUUUAUUGCUUUUUAUUGACCGCUUUUGUCUGCAACGAUUAUCUCUUACCAGCACUCGAUUGCAUCUGUUCCGGAUUGAAUAUCUCAGCUGAUGUUGCUGGUGCCACAUUUCUCGCUACCGCCAGCUGUUUUCCAGAAUUAUUCGUCAGUAUCGUUGGUACCUUCUUAACUGAAUCUGACCUUGGCGUUGGUACCGUAGUUGGUAGUGCGGUAUUUAAUACUUUUGCUACUACAGCCUGCGGAGCACUUUCAGCUAUAAAAGGUAUACAGCUAGAAUGGCAAAUACUGUCGCGCGAUUGCAUAAUCUACGUGAUAUCCGUUGGUUCGUUGGUAUUGGUUAUGUGGGACGGCCUGAUCACCUGGUACGAAGCAACGAUCUUCAUGAUAUUGUUCGUUGGUUAUUUGGUCCUUCUGUUCUGCGGCGAAGGGAUCACACGUUGGUAUAAGAAGAUCAAACAUCUUUGUUGGAACGGUACCGAGUUUUCGGAAGAAAGUGUGACUUCGAAGCCGACGACCGAUCCUAUGGUGCACGGUAUGUACAAGCCAUACGUUCACGGUGAACUAAUUGCCGAAUAUAGGAAAAAGAGUAUCACGAAGAUGGCCGAAAUUAAGUCGACCAAUAAGAAUUUCGAAGAAUCAUCGGAGAAUAAAGAGGAAUUGGUCGAUUAUGUCGAACCCGAUACACCGUUCGUUUUACCAAAGUGUAAUUUGGUAAUGAAGUUAUGGUUUUACUUUACCUGGCCUUUAAAGAUCUUACUAUUUGUCACCGUACCAGAUACCAGAUACAAAAGAUUUCGUUCGUGGUAUCUUUUAACUUUCUUCAUUUGUACCAUGUGGAUCGUAGUGUCAUCUUACAUGGUAUCUUGGAUGAUGACAGUCGUCGGAGACACCAUGGGAAUCCCUGAUUCCGUUAUGGGAAUAACGUUUCUAUCGGCUGGUGGUAACAUGCCCGAACUUGUCUCGAUCGUUAUUCUUUCCAGGCAAGGUAACGGUGACAUGGCUAUGAGCAAUACAUUGGGUGCUAAUACUCUUGAUAUUCUUUUGUGUUUGGGUCUACCAUGGCUGAUAAAAACUUUAAUGUCGGGUAAAGACGUCGAAAUCGUAUCCGGUGCUCUCUCUUAUAGUGUUCUAUCUAUAAUUAUUUGCGUUAUAUGCUUCUACUCUAUCACAGCUUUUUAUAAUUUUAAGCUGAACAAAAAGGUUGGCGCCGUUUGUCUCGUAAUGUACGCAAUAUUUCUUAUAUUCGCGAUAUCAGUUGAAUUGAACGUAUUCUUUCACGUUAAUUGGCCAAUGUGCGAUCGAUAGUCAAAGAUCGAGUUUAUCGACGAUUGUCGUUAUGUUCUCGAAUAUGUUGUGAUACAGAAAUACACACGAAAUCGAAGUGAAAGUAAGAAAGUGAGAAAGAUAGAGAGAGAAAGAGAGAGAGAGAGAGAAAGAAAGACAGACAGACAGAGAGAGAGAAAUAUAACGAGAUAAUUAUUUAUAUGUAUAAUGUGUACGUGUGUGUGCAUUUGAUUGAAAUGAAUGAUAACAAAUAAUACUCAUGUCGGGUAGACUUGAAAGGGUGCAACUAAAUUCGUAGAUUUUUAAAAAUCGAAAUAAUAUAAUUUGAAUUUAAAAGAAACGGGAGGAACAAAUAAGAAACUAAAGAGAAAUUAAAAAAAAAAAAAUGAAGAAAUAAAAGAAAAAAGAAAAAG